CCACCACCUCCUCCUACAGGCGACUUCCCCCGUCGUCCACCAUGCCGAAGCAGAUCCACGAGAUCAAGGACUUCCUGCUGACGGCGCGGCGCAAGGACGCGCGAUCGGUGCGGAUCAAGAGGACCAAGGACGCCGUCAAGUUCAAGGUGCGCUGCUCCAGGUACCUCUACACCCUCUGCGUCUUCGACGCUGACAAGGCCAACAAGCUCAAGCAGUCACUCCCACCAGGUUUGAGCGUCCAGGAGGUUUAAGCAUCAAGCCAGACAAUGCUCCUUUCCUAGUAGCA